GGCCUCUUGCGCUUGCGCUUACGCUUACGUAACUGAGCAUAAAUCGGCCUUAAGUCUGAUUACAGGCGUGUGUAAAUCCUGGUAAAUUUACCAGUAGCAAUAGCUCUUGUAGUGAUAUGUAAUGCAUACAAGCUACGACGUACCUACUCUUUUCUGUCCCCCACCUAAAAGCAUGUAGAGGUUUUGUAUCAUGGCUUCCUCAAAAAUAAUCCUCACGCCACGCCGCUGUUCAUCAUAAGGAAAUCACCAUAUAGGCCUACAUAUAAUAGCGGACAUUUGGCUAAGAGAAUUUGGCUCAGAGAAAACCCUGUUCUGUUUGAUGGAAAUGUUCUCCGGAGGACUUCUCCUCAUUUUAGUGAUGACGUCGUCUGCUGACCAGGAAGUCAAGCAGAACCUGAUCUCCACUGUGGGGGGAGAGGUCACCAUACCUGUGCCUGUCAAGAGUCAUGGAUCUCUUGUGAAACAAGGAGAUGUUAUCGCUAGAGUGAAAGAUAGUGUGUUUUUGAUAGAAAAUUAUGAUUUCCUGAACCGAACUUCCUGGGACCGAGCCACUGGCCUGUUCACUUUAAGAAGACUGCAGAGCAAGGAUUCAGGGGAUUAUUCUGUUGAUGUUAUCGUGACUCUUGUAUCAUUCAAGCUGAGUGUUUAUGAUGCCGUCCUGGAGCCCAGUGUCACCGUAGCGUCUGUGAGCAGCGAGGCCUGCACCCUGCUGUGUGCUGUGGACCAACUGAGUGGAGGGACUCUCUCCUGGUAUCAAGGAGAGGACCUGGUGGACCAGAGCAGCACCCAGCGCUCUCUCCCUCUGACCGUGGACAGGCUGGGUCUCCGGUCCUCCUACCGCUGUGUGUCUGCCAACCCUGCUGGUAACCUCACCCGGUCAGUCGACGCUAAGACGUCCUGCACAGUAGAACAGCUCACUGGUGAUGAAGAGGAACCCAUAUGGCUGUUCCGGAUUGUGAUUCCGAUCGUCUGUGGUGUUACAUUCAUCCUAUUCUUAUCUGUCAUCAUAUUCUAUGUUGAAAGACAUCUCCAAGCUUCAAUCCAACAGAAGGGUGGCGUUACACAGCAGGAGGACCCUGAACACGGCCGCUGCAACACACACGUCAGAUACAACGAGAUACAAGCCAAAGAGAACUGAAGGAAUAAACGCUCUGGGAUCAAACCAUCGUAGCCGCCUCUCCUGGGGUCAGAAACAUUUGGCAGGAUGACUCUGUUUGCAUUUAGUGUGCGCCCCCCGGCACGAAUAUAACAACAGCACAAAUUUAGCAAUAUAGCACUUGAGUCUUUUGGAACCAAGUGAUCAAUGUGCUUCAGCCCAUAUGGACCCAUAUAAUGAAUCACCCUACAAUUACAGUGAUCUCCCUGCAAGUUCAGUGAAUCACCCUACCAGUAGAGUAGGGUAAAUUUGAACAUUGGCUUCCUGUUGGUCAGAGAAUUGAUUUUAUUAUUAUUAUUAUUUAUCUUUAUUUCAGACUCAUAUAGGUCCAUAUACAAAACAGUACAACAGACAAAACAACAACAAACAAAUAAGAAACACAACUAAAAAACAUACAGACACUCUCUCCAAUGCUUCCAGAGACUGGAAGUGUAUCUGAUGCUGCUUAACUUCGGCAUGGUAAAAGUCAUUAUAAUUUCAUUUUUGGAGUCCAUCAAUCUCAUCAUAAAACUGUACAUCAGAUUCCUGAGCAAUGCAUUUAAAGUGGGAACACCACUGUUUACAAACAGUUGACUGGCACUUGUGCACCUUGGUAGCCUCAGCAGAAUUCUUAGAGCAUCAUUAUACGCCACUCUCAAUUUGUUAUAUUUACUUUUACUGUAUCUGCACCACAAGUGGGCAGUA